UUUUUUGGCUUUCUAAGGAGGGCUUUAAGGGUGCCUUGAAGCCAUGCCCUUCUCAACCCAGCCUGAAACAGGCAAAGAGCAGAAUGUUCUGGUAGCAACUCUUGAUAAUGUCAGAAACCUCUCCAAUAUUUUGAAAGCCAUUCAUUUCAAAGACCACGCUACUUCCUUCGCUACAUCAAAUGGACUCAAAGUCACGGUGGAAAAUGCAAAGUCUUUGCAAGCCAACGCCUUUAUUCAGGCCGGAAUUUUCCAAGAAUUUGUAGUGCAGGAAGAAUCUGUGAUGUUCAGAAUCAAUCUGUCUGUGCUUUUGGACUGUUUGACCAUCUUUGGAACAAAUUCUUUGCCAGGUAUUGCGUGA